AAAACACACUCGCAGAAAAGCCGAAAGUCCUAUACCUUCAAAAUGUCAGGCCUUGAUGUUGAAGCUCUCCUCGAGUCUACGGCUGCCCCGACGCCGCAAGAACAACCCCCGCGUUCCCAGGACAAUGAUGACCGCUCCACCAAGGGCGAGAGCAGUGAGCGUCGCGACCGCGACCGCUCGCGUGAGAACAAGGAUCGCAAGCGGCGGGACCGAAGCCGCGGCGACCGACGUCGGUCGCGCGAUGGAGACGGAGACGAAGAAAUGAAGAGCCCGAGAAGCGAACAUGGCAGUGCUAACGGAAGCCAUAGAAGCAGAAAGAGGAGCAAGAGCCGGGACAGUGACCGCCGUCGCUCUCGCCGUGAUCGAGACCGUCACGGCGAUGAUUACCGCUCCUCCGGUGGCGAUUUCUACCGCGGUGGCGGUCGGGCUCGCACCCGGUCGAGAUCCCCUUAUGAUGAUCGGUACUACCGUCCCUCUGGCCGCUCCCGUCAUGACGACCGGGACGAGGACAGACGGCCUUCACGCCGCGAGCGAGAUGGUGGCCGCAGACGCAGCCCCAGCGCGAGAAGUCGUGAGCGUACGCCAGAACUCAACGAAGAUGAACGUGAUAGGCGCACUAUCUUCGUGCAGCAGCUUGCCGCUCGACUGAGGACGAAAGAACUCAUCGCCUUUUUUGAGAAGGUUGGUCCUGUCAAGGAGGCCCAGAUUGUAAAGGAUCGUGUUAGUGGGCGGUCCAAAGGUGUCGGUUAUGUCGAGUUCAAGAACGAAGACUCCGUUGCGCCUGCUAUUCAGCUUACAGGACAGAAACUUUUAGGAAUUCCGAUCAUCGCACAGUUGACUGAAGCGGAAAAGAACCGUCAGGCUCGCAAUCCCGAAGCCAGCAGUAGCAACAACCACGCCGCCCCCUUUCACAGGUUGUACGUGGGUAAUAUCCAUUUCAGUAUCACUGAAAGUGACCUCCAGAACGUCUUUGAACCGUUUGGUGAACUCGAGUUCGUUCAGUUGCAGAAGGACGAGACUGGUAGGAGCCGAGGCUAUGGUUUCGUGCAGUUCCGUGACCCUAAUCAGGCUCGCGAAGCCCUCGAGAAGAUGAAUGGCUUUGAUCUUGCUGGUCGAGCCAUCCGCGUUGGCCUUGGCAACGAUAAGUUCACCCCUGAUUCGAACGCACAACGCAUGCAAGGCCAAGGUGCAAACCAACAUAACUUCCAGGGCUCGCUGUUUUCGGGUCACGGUGGACGUGGUGUUCAAGCUGGCGGCACAAACAACUUCGACCGUGCUGGAGGCCGGGACUCAGAAAAGGGUGCCGGUGCAAGUGCUCUGGAUGACACAGAUGUUGCCGGUGUGAACUUCAACAACUACAGUAGGGAUGCAUUGAUGAGGAAGCUUGCAAGAACAGAUGAACCCUCUGAGCCAGCUGCCGAUGACCAGCAGAAAGUGCUCCGGCCUAAGACUGAAGCCAAGCCGCUACCUGUUAAUGUUAGCAUGGCCAGUCGAUGUGUCAUGUUGCGCAACAUGUUUGACCCCAAUGAGGAGGAGGGCGACGUCUGGGUGAAAGAGCUGGAGGAUGACGUCCGCGCUGAGUGCGAAGAAAAAUAUGGUCAUGUCGUUCACAUUUCACUAGAUCCCAACUCUCAAGGCGACAUUUACCUGAAAUUCGAUCGAGUGCAGGGCGGGGAGAAUGCUAUCAAGGGUCUUAACGGACGUUUCUUCGGUGGCCGACAGAUUACCGCGCAACCCGUCGUCGAUGCUGUCUACAGCAGUUUGUUCUCCCGGACGAAGGCCAUCUAACAAAACCCCCCUCGAGGCCACACAUCUUCCAUGCAUAUCUACCAUCAUUCAGAUAUGCGGGUAGGUACUUUGAUCUAUUAAUUACACCAGGUGCAACUUGUGACGGCAGGUCCACACUUUCAACCUCACUUUCAUCCUUGAAAUGAAACCGUUGAGCUUCGCUUCGGAAUGGUGCUUGGCUUGGAAUGACACUGCCCCUGGUAGGUGCCAGUCUCUGAAAAUCUUGCUUUUCACAGUUUAUACUCCAAGCUAGAGGCUUGUUGCGGAAAUGAUUUUGUCUCUAGGGAUUUGUAUAUUGCGUUAGCGCCCAACAAAAUAUGUAACUCUU